AUGCAUCUCACCAAAUGUCAAAGAUUUCACUCAGAGAAGAAAAAAAUUCAGUGCUUGGAGUUUGAAAAGCCAUUCUGUUGCAACUCACAACUUAACUUGCAUAAAAGAAUUCACAUAGUGGAGAAGCCCUAUAAAUGCUCAGAAUGUGGAAAGAGCUUUACUCAGAGCAUGAACCUUAAGCAACAUCAAAGAAUUCACACAGGGGAGAAGCCCUAUGAAUGCCUAGAGUGCAGGAAGAGCUUUGCUGACCUCACACACCUUAAGCAACAUCAAAGCACUCACACAGGGGAGAAGCCCUAUAAAUGCCUAGAGGGCAGAAAGGGCUUUGUUAACAGUACUAACCUAAAGCAACAUCAAAGAAUUCACACAAGCGAAAAGCCCUAUGAAUGUCCAGAAUGCGGAAAGAACUUUGCUCAGAGCACGAACCUUAAGCAACAUCAAAGAAUUCACACAGGGGAGAAGCGCUAUGAAUGCCUGGACUGCAGGAAGAGAUUUGCUGACCUCACAUACCUUAAGCGACAUCAAAGGACUCACACAGGGGAGAAGCCCUAUAAAUGCCUAGAGUGUGGAAAGGGCUUUGCUUACAGCACAGGCCUAAAUCGACAUCAUAGCACUCACACAGGGGAGAAGCCCUAUAAAUGCUUAGAGUGUGGAAAGAGUUUCAGUUGCAGUAGCCAUCUUAAGAAACAUCAAAGAAUCCACACAGGGGAGAAGCCCUAUGAAUGCCUAGAGUGCAGGAAGAGCUUUGCUGUCCUCACACGCCUUAAGCGACAUCAAAGCACUCACACAGGGGAGAAGCCGUAUGAAUGUCCAGAGUGCGGAAAGAACUUUGCUCAGAGUGCGAACCUUAAACGACAUCAAAGCACUCACACAGGCGAGAAGCCAUAUGAAUGUCCAGAGUGCGGAAAGAACUUUGCUCACAACACGAAUCUUAAGGAACAUCAAAGAAUUCACACAGGGGAGAAGCCCUAUGAAUGCCUAGAGUGCAGGAAGAGGUUUGCUCACAGCAAGACUCUUAAGCAACAUCGAAGAAUUCACACAGGCGAGAAGCCCUAUGAAUGUCCAGAGUGCGGAAAGAACUUUGCUCACAGCACGAAUCUUAAGGAACAUCAAAGAAUUCACACAGGGGAGAAGCCCUAUAAAUGCCUAGAGUGCAGGAAGAGAUUUGCUCACAGUGCAGGCCUAAAUCGACAUCAAAGCACUCACACAGGCAACAAGACCUAUGAAUGCCUAGAGUGCGGAAAGGGCUUUGUUAACAGCGCAGACCUUAAGCAACAUCAAAGAAUUCACACAGGUGAGACGCCCUAUAAAUGCUUAGAGUGUGGAAAGAGCUUCAGUCAGAGAGGCCAACUUAAUCAACAUCAAAACACUCACACAGGGCAGAAGCGAUAUGAAUGCAUAGUUUGCGGAAGCAGCUUUUCUCAGAGCGCACACCUUAAGCAACAUCAAAGAAUCCACUCAAGCGGGAAGCCAUGA